AUGAUUUCUAUUUCACUAAAAUAAAAUAAUUUUUUUUGCAGGAGUUUAUUACGACUCUACGAGAAAAGAGUUUUGCUUCCCGACACGCGUGGGCAAUGUCACCACCCCUGGCUUCGCAAAUCAUAUCAGUUUUGAAAAUACUUAUGGGUAAAGAUGGUACUAACGAAGGGCAGAAACGAAUCGAAAGAUUGGCAAGAAACACUCGCUAUUUCAGACUACGAUUGGAACAAAUGGGAGUAAUCAUACAUGGAAACCAGGAUUCUCCAGUUGUUCCGAUUCUGGUGUAUCUAUAUUCUAAAAUUGUUGCUAUGGUCAGAACUCUCAUCAAAGAAAAAAUAGCCACGGUCGGAGUUGGAUACCCAGCGACUCCGCUCACUCAAGGAAGGAUUCGAAUUUGUCUUUCGGCAGGACACACCAAAGAACAAUUAGAUUAUGCUCUUGAUGUUAUACAAAAAGUUGCUGAUGAAAUCGGCUUGAAGUAUUCACGCAAACCAAUCGACACCUCACCAAUAGAUUAUUAUAAAAUCAAAAUAUAUCAAGAUUUAUAAUGUCAUCAGUUAAAGCUUGGAAAACUUAUGUACCUAGGAUAAUUUUGUUAUUUUUUAUGAAUUUUUUAAGAGCAUAUCAGGUAUUUUUUAAGCUAAUCGCUAUUUAUUGAUAUAUUCCAAAAUUCAAUAAAAAUCUAAAAUGUU